AUGGACAUUGCGCAGCCCUCUUCCCGCGAUGCGUCCGAUGAAGGCGCCGAGGAUGCCGUUCUCAAGGUCGUGGUGUCGGAAAAGGAGCGUCAGGCUGAUGCCAAUGGCGCCUCAAAGCGAACACGCGCCGCGAAGAGCGCAAACGAAGAUGAGGAUAGUGAUGUCGAAGCAGAGGAGCGUGCGAGCAAGAAGAGCCGGCGCACGUCGUCCAUUGCUGGAGGCGAUCACGGAGAGCAAGGAGAGGCGGGGACAAUGCGCAUGGAAGCUCCUCCAAAGGCCGGGUUGGUGGACCCAGUAGGCUAUAAGACAAACGCUCCGCCAGAGGGACGCCCCGUCAGAAUCUAUGCAGAUGGUGUCUUUGAUCUGUUUCACAUCGGGCACAUGCGCGCACUUCAACAAGCCAAGAUUGCCUUUCCAGACGUUGUUCUUAUAGUCGGCGUUACUGGAAACAAGGAAACCCACAAGAGAAAGGGUCUGACAGUCCUGUCGGCACGGGAGCGUGCUGAGAGCGUGCGCCACUGCAAGUGGGUGGACGAAGUCAUAGAGGACUGCCCAUGGAUAGUCACCACCGACUUCCUCGACAAACACCAGAUCGACUAUGUAGCCCACGACGAUCUUCCCUAUGGUGCAGAUGAAGGCGACGACAUUUACGGCCCGAUCAAAGAGAGGGGCAUGUUCCUCGUCACCCAGAGAACGGAGGGUCUGAGCACGACAGGCAUCAUUACCAAGAUCGUCCGCGACUACGACCAGUACAUUGACCGCCAGCUCAAGCGCGGAACAUCCCGCAAGGAGCUCAACGUUUCAUGGUUGAAGAAGAACGAGCUUGAUAUCAAGCGUAACAUGGCGGAGCUGCGCGACAGUAUCAAAUCGAACUGGGCUACGACUGGCCAAGAACUCAGCAAGGAUUUCCGCCAGUUCUGGCAAUCAAGUCGCCCCGCCAGUCCUGCCAGGACGCCAACGCGGGAGGUACCCGAUGCUCUCGACGCUCAGGUUGCGACCGCUCGAUCGCCGUCUGCUUUGUCGCGACUCAGUCACUUGGAUAUACCGCGUGCCGGCGCCAAUGCGAGGGAAUCGUCCGAGUUCGCUGCUGGAUAUAAUUUGGGUUUGAUUGGUGGAGUGCGCUCAUGGAUGGCUCGCAGCCGCCGCAAUCUGAACGACAGCAGACCGCAGAGCCCGUCAGACCAAGAUAGCUCUGACGAGCAUGAGGCGCGGAGUCCGCAAGAGGCGCCCCGCGGACGCGCUGGCAAACAAACGAAGUCGGAACCAAUGGAUACUGCGGCUUAG